AUGGCAGUCAUCCUUGUAGUUGGAGCUACCCGGGGCCUAGGUGCCAGCAUCACCAAGCAAUACGCUGAAAAGGGCGGAAAUACCAUCUACGGAACGACCCGAUCAUCGGAGGGUCCCAAAGGCUUUCCUGAAGAAGUCAAAUGGCUUUCAGAUAUUGACCUCACGCAGUCCAACGUUGGUGACAAACUUGCUGGUCUCCUGGACCCUUCCCAGCCGAUCGACAUAGUGGUGAGUGUUAUUUCCUUACGCAUGAAGCAAGUCGACGUCCAUGUCCACGAGGCUAAGAAAGAAGCAAAGAUCAUCACUGCGGGUUACUUCGCUACGGAAGAUCUUACCACGGACAAAGGCCCAAAUUGGGAGCAAGAGCAGCGAAUGUACACAACCAGCUCCAUUGCACCCGUCUUCAUCGUUCACCAGCUCGUCCACAAGGGCCUUUUGCGCAAGGGAGCCAAGGUAGUGCUUGUGUCCUCCGAGUCUGGCAGCAUCGCGCUACGACAUCCCAAAGAGGGCGGCGGCAACUAUGCCCAUCACGCCAGCAAGGCUGCGCUCAACAUGGUGGGCAAGUUACUAAGCUUAGACCUCAAUGACCAAGGCGUCAUCGUCAGCAUUGUGCACCCCGGGUUUAUGCGGACUGAGAUGACAAAGGGUGUUGGGUUUGACAAGUUCUGGGAUGAAGGUGGAGAGCUUGAUAAAUCAGCGGUGACACCAGACAAGGCGGCCACGAGCCUCAUUGAGUGGACGGAUAAGCUUGAUAUCAGCAAAACGGGAGAGUACUGGGCACCGAGAGGACCGGGAGAUAUUGGAACUGCUGAAGUGGUCCUCGGCAAAGGCCUGGCUACACCACUCCAACUGCCCUGGUAA